AUGGCAGGACGAUCCUCUGAUGUCAAAGAAGAGAUAGAAAUGACCAUUCUUGACGAUCUGGGGACUGGAAGCCUCAAGCAAAGCCAAGAGCAACUGUUGAUGCAAGAAAUGAUGGAGCCUGAACCUCAUCAACUUGGAGGGGCCCGGAGGCAUUCAAGGAUGGAAACAAAGCCUGCUGGAUUUGGACCACUUUGGAAUGUGACUGGCCCCUGGCCUAAGAAAGAGAUGCAAGUGAUCACUGUGCGGCUGCGUGCCCUUGAGGAACAGAGUACUGCCUGGCACCACCAUAAGGAGGCUGCACUCUUCGCUGUGCUGCUGUUGGUCUUCGUAGCCAGCCUGUGGCUAUGGAUUCACCAGUGA